GCUGUCAUCCGUAAGACCCGUGUAAACUGCAAGUGCCAUGGAGUGUCAGGAUCCUGCUCUCUCAUUACAUGUUGGCAACAAUUGGCACCAUUUAGGGAGAUUGGUGAUCUGCUGAAGGAUAAAUAUGAUGGUGCAACUGAAGUCAAGAUCAACCGUCGUGGUAAACUGCAAGUGAAGCAUCCCCAGUUCAAUGUACCCACAGGAGAGGACCUGGUGUAUCUUCAUGAGUCACCUGAUUACUGCAAUAGAAAUACUACUGUUGGUUCUCUUGGAACGCAAGACCGUAUAUGCAACAAGACUUCGCAAGGUAUGGAUGGAUGUGGGCUGCUAUGCUGUGGACGUGGUUACAACUCCCAGAAAGUUACUGUGAGGGAAAGGUGCCACUGCAAGUUCCACUGGUGCUGUUUUGUUGAAUGUAAAACAUGUGUUCGAGUUGUUGAUCUCCACUCAUGCAAAUAAUGAUGGAAGAUAACACUUUUAUCAACCGGUAAACGUUUGUGCAAAAGUGAUAAACAAUCAUCACAAUGCAUUAAGUUUUGAGAACUCAUCUUCAUUGAAUAAAGUGAAAUAAAGUGAAAAGAGGGAUUUGGAAUACAAUAUAUUUUUUGCACAAUAUAUGGUCCUUGAAAGUUUUCAACUUUUGUAAACAUUAAUUAUUAAAGCUGUGUGAAGUUGAAUGACACUUUACACAUAAUUCAGGCUUUAAGAUAGUAAUUGGAAAAUAACUUAGUUAUAGCCUUGAAUAGUGCUAAGAACUAAGUAGGUGUAAAGUACUUAACAUAUACAGUGCAGUUUUUUUGAACUGAAGCACACUCCUGAGUACAGAUAUUAAUUUGUAAAUAAUACAGAGGAAUGAAGGGGUUAUCAUAUUAAUAUAUAUUAAAAAUAGUGAAAACAAUACUCAUAUCAGGUCUCCAAUAAUGUAUAGUUGAUAUGCCAGAGCAUGGCAAGUACCCAGCAAUAUUAAGAGCAUCAGACUUAGCCUCAGUGUUAAGAUUGUUCAUAAACCACAAGCCUAUGGUGUUGUGUUUUACCACUAUUUUGAACAUUAUUAGCCAUAGAAGAAGAGUUUUAUUGGUGGUCGUAAAAGAACUAUAACAAUAUCAAAAUUAACCAGUUGUAAAGUUACUAAUUAUAUUGUAGGAAAUGAGCAGCUUUUGAUGUUCCAUUAUGUGCAAUGUUUAAUACAGAAGGAGUGGUUCUAUGAAAAUACCUAGAAGAUAGAACAUGCCUCCUGUCCUUUACAUGAAUCAUUAAGUGGAAAUGGUUCAUAUAUUAUAAACAAGUGUACAGUACAUUUAUGUAGUGAACUUCACAUAUAUUUACCUCUUGUAGUAGUCAUGAAGGUGUCCAGUGGCAGCUUUUAUCUAUUGUACAGUGUGUUUGUAAAUACCGUAUAUAGAGUAGUAUAUUGUAGUAGGAGAUCUUUUAAAUGUCUGUUAGUUUACCAGUUAAUAAUGUGUGUAGAAGCUGCUAUACCUAAGUAGUACAGCUCCUGAGUGGGCUUGGAUCUGCUUGUCAUUAUCAUCAGUCCCCUUUAUGCUGAGACUUUAGGUGUUUUAUCACCUGCCAAAUACCACCCUACCAUGAAUACAAGUUGCCAUAUAGCUGUAGAAAGGUGCCAUAUGAGUACUUAACAAUGGCUGACUCAACUGGUACACUAGACAUGGCAACAUGAAAGAGUCAGUCAGCUGUCCUGUAGUAAGGUUAAAGUAAGGCCUCCAAUUUAGGAAGAUGUGAAAGAUUCUUUUAACUAUGUAGAAUAUUUAGUGAGAAUAUUUAGACAAUUCCUUGUUGUGUACCUCACUUAUCAGGGAAUAUAAUUUGUAUAUUGAUUAUUACAUCAAGCUUAAAAUGAUCAAAUUAAUGUUAUCAUUUUAUACAAUGUGUCACUUCAAACACUACAGUAAACCCCUGUUAAACUGGACUGACUGGGGUGAAAACUAAUACCAUUAUACAAACAUCCAUGUUCCAUUAAGCAAGAAAUUAAAUGUACUGCCAGAAAAAUAUUGAUGUGCUAAAACAUAAGAAUGUAUGAGCUAACUUGUUCACACCCUUAGAGGGCUCGGGGUAAAGGGUGAAGGGGUCGGGUAGAUUAUGUCUUGGGGAGGAUCAGGUGGUAUCUCCUUGGGUGAGUAAAAAAUGCUGUGGUGUUUCAAGUUUAUCAGCAGUCAGUGCACUAGUUUUAGACUUGUAUUACUAUAACCACUACCUAGUAUACUCAUCAUUGUGUUGAAAUAGUGGGUACCUAACAUACACACAAAAAACAUAAACAAAGAAACAAAUACUGUAGCAUUAAAGCAUACAAGUUCUAGAGUGGAGAGAAUAAAUGAAACCAACUAGGUCAAGAGGUGGAGGGAAGGACAGCCAAGGGUAGGCCAAGAAUGACACAGGGUGAGGUUUUAAGAAAUGGCUAUUAGAAUUAGAAACCUGGCAAGAGACCUGCAGCGUGGAGAGCUGCCAUCGGGUAACCAUGGCUAACCCACACAAAUGUGGAAAAUGGCCAUAUAACGAUGAGGAUUACAGUAUAAUAGCAUGCCACAAUGAUGCUACACACACACACACACACACACACACACACACACACAUGAGAAAACAAUGGCAUGAGAUAUGGAAGGAGAAUGAAAAACUAUGAACAGAUGACUGUUAAAACCCUCAACCUAUUACAGUACAUCAUCUUUCAGUUUGUCUAUGCCAUGUGGUGUCUACCCUCAUGCGGGUUUGAAUGACAGGGAUGCUUAGUUGCGUUGCGUCUGGCAAGUUCCAACUGACCACGUGGUCAGUAGCUCACGGUCUCUCCCCAUUAACAGUUUUUACUGACUAAUGAUAUUGAACCAGACGAAAAGAUAUCCGUUGUUAUGAAUAUCCAAUACUAUAAUAAGAAGUCCAUUAUUAAGAGGGUUUACUGUACUAUAUAGAGUACACGGUAAAGACCACUUAAAAUAUCAUGUAGAAUAAUGAUUAAUAUAUAAACAAAUGAAAAGUUUCAAACUUCUCAUAUACUGUAAGAAAUAUCAGAAGUAUAGGCAACUAUCAUUUAGCAGUAUUCUAUUGCAAAUUCUAAAGUUUCUACAAUGAAGAAUGUAUGUUGGCAGUCAGGAUCAUUCCUUAUGGUCUUUCUCACUUGGAGGCAUUACAUUGUACAGUCCUGUAUACUCUUUUCUCUUUAAGAAUUAAGAGUACCUCAAGUAGGAAGAAUUUAAUUAUAAUAAAAAUGUAAUCUUUGACAUUCAGUACCACAUGACUCAUAAUAUCAAGACCAUCUUUGCGACAUUGUAUAUAAACAAAUUAAUUUAUUAGUUAGUACUGUGCUGCUGACAGACUCAAGCCAUUGGGUUGGUGCAGAUGAAAGGUCACUAACUUAAUCUUUUCAAAUACUGUGUCUGUAUGAUGAGUGCUGUACAGCUUUAUGGACAAGGAAACAAAGAUGCUACUGAAUGUAUUACAACUUCAAAUCAUAUGGGAGUUAGCUGGCUUAUAAAGUUAUUUUGUACAGUAAAUAUUCAACUAUUGUUUUGAGGGGAUAAAUAUAAGCAUUCAUAAAAGCUAUAUAAUUAUUAUAACAUUGACAUUUUAGAUCUAAGUUAAACAUGAUGAACACAAGUCAGUGUGACAUAUAAAACAGAAACACUUGGCAAACCUCCUUUCUUUGAGUAUACAUAAUGCUUCCUGGAGGUGGGAGAGUGUAUGAAGAAUUAAAGAUUUGGGCCAUUUUUUUUUUACAAACCUGUGAUUAUUACAAGACUCAAAUACAACCUUUAUAUUUUUCAUUUAUGUUUUAUGUAAUAGCAUUAUUUAUUGUUUAAAUUAACUUAAUGUCAUCAAAGAAACAUAUUCCAUUUUACAAAAAUGUAAUAUGACUAUAAUUGAACCUGAAAGAAGACACCCUUCUCUCAUACACCAGUCUACUUCCAAAGCACAUCUCUACCUCUGACUCUAUACCUAUUUCUAACCUCUCACACCCACCUCCCCAUUCUUGUGAUCCCCUGCAACACUUCUCUACCCCAAAUGCUUCCUCCCCAUCUAUACAUGUUACUUUUCUUACCCCUAAACACUCCCUUUCCAAUACCAAAAGACCCCCUUUUCUCUGGCCUUACACACAUUGCUUCUUACAGUUCUCCUCUUAAGCAUGUUUCUCUCCACUCCCAGACAUUCUUCUUCUCGCCCCCCUGACACCACUCUUGUAACUGUCGGUCAUCUAUACUCCUCUCCUUUCCUCCAGUCACCACACAAUCUUCACGCACCAAUCUUCUCACCUCCAUAUACUCUUCCCUUAUUUACUGUUGCACCCUUUCUUCUUCCCUGCCUUUCUGUUCCCCAUUCUCAAGCUAUCUCUUUUGCCUCCACAGAAAUUUCUCCUGAUCCUACUAACCUCUUCCCAUUUCCACUCAUAUGACUCUUGCAUCCCAAAUGCUUAAUGUCUACCCCACACAUCAUUAUCUCAUUCACACAUCUCCAUUCAUCUUCCAACCACCACUUGCUUUCUCUCUAUUCCUCAUAUACUGUCGUCUUUUCAACCCCUCCCUAUACACUCCUUUCCUACACUGUAAUUAAACUCCUCUUGUGACUCCUAUACAUCCAUCUCCCUAUACUCCUACAUGUCACUUGAUGGUUUGUGUCAACAGAGGCCACAUGUUCCAACUUAGCCACCGUACCCUCAGCGUUAGUUAUUAUUAGGUCCAUUGAUUUUGGGUGUUAGUUCCUCUUUAUAGUGAGUUAUCUUGAACAUGUUGGAAUUGAAAAUUAUCUCUCACAGUUUCUACAAAGAAAAAGAGUAGCAGGAUUAUUAAGGUCAUUUGGUGUAAUUUCAUUCUUCCAGUUGAUGUCACCAUAGUUGAAAUCCCCUAUUACAAGGAGGUGGCUAGAGUUGAGAGAUCAAGCUUAAUGAUAUUUACUCACUAAGCAAGAUAAAACUUCUAUAUUGAUUCGUGACAUCUUGAUGCCUUUCCCCGCAGUCUGUUCUAUAUCAAAUUGUUGACAAUAACCAGCUGAUAAACAGUUUUCUCCUCUCAUUUCACAGCUGAACUUAACUGUACCUUAAUAAAUAAUGCGAAUGGAAA